UGGAGGUGCUUUAGAAUGAGACGGACAGGUGAGGGACAGGUGAGACAGGUGUCCCAGGACCACGAUCAGCAGUGAGGACCAAACAAACAUGUCCAGAUCGUGUCCUGGGCUGUUCGAGGCCCUGCUCAAAGAUGAGGCUCUGCUCCAGCCCCUGGUGGAGUUUGCCCGAGAUGCAGCCUGUUUACAUGGAGUUCUGAUGAGGCCUCCACCCACCAUGAAACCUGCACAUGUGACCCUCAUGCCCUUUACCCUCCUGCCCAUUCCGAUGCCCAGGGCUCUGUACUUUCAGGCUGUGGAGGUCCAAACUCUCUUUAACACUUUGGUGGAUCGGGUCAGUCAAGACGAGGCGUUUCUGGAGCAGACUCUGUCCAGCACCAUAGAAGUGGACGACUUCACUGCUCGACUGUUCCACAUCUACAAACAGAUCCAGAGAGAAGGAAGGACCCCGUCCAUCGUCUUGGGUCUGAAUCGCUGUGACUACAUGUUGGACCAGGGUUCUUCUCUGAAGCAGGUGGAGAUCAACACGUUUGCUGUCGGGAUGGGAGGGCUUAGUGCCCGUUUGGUGGAAGUGCACAGAGAUGUUCUGAGAUUCGUUGGACUCCCAGAGCAGAGUGAGCAGCUCCAGUACGACCACCCCCCAACUGUGCAAGCCUCAGCCGUGGCCAAAGCCUGGGAGCUCUACGGGUCACACAGAGCUGUGGUGCUGCUGCUGACCUUACCCACCAACUAUAACCGCUAUGAACAACGCAACCUGCAGAUGGCGCUGCUGAAAUGGAACAUCUGUGUGAUUCGUCGCUCUCUGGAGGAAGUCUGUGCCUCAGCGUCCCUGGAUGAAGAGAACAGACUGUUUGUAGAUGGCAGAGAGAUCGCAGUGGUGUACUUCCGCUAUGGCCAUGCCCCUGAUCAUUACACCGAGCAGAUCUGGGACUUGCGCCUCCUGCUCGAGCGCUCACGUGCCGUCAAGGUUCCGGACAUCGCCACACAUUUGGCUGGGACGAAGAAGGUGCAGCAGGUUCUGAGUGAGCCUGGGGUCCUGGAGAGGUUCUUUCCAGAGCGCCCUCAUGUGGUGGAGCAGAUCAGAGCCACGUUCACCGGACUCUACUCCCUGGACCUGGGCCCUGAGGGAGACAGAGCCGUGGACAUGGCCUUAGCAGCUCCAGAACGAUUUGUUCUUAAACCUCAGAGAGAAGGAGGAGGAAAUAACUUCUUUGGCUCAGACAUCAGCCGUGUUCUGACGGAGGCCCCAGGAAAAGAGAGGACGGCUUAUAUUCUUAUGGACAAGAUCCAGGCCACACCCUCCCCUAAUAUCAUAGUGUCAGCAGAGCGCCCCCCUGUGCUUACUGACUGUACGUGCGAGCUGGGUGUGGCAGGAGCCUAUGUCAGGCAGGGCAGAGAUGUUCUGUCCAAUGAAGUGGUGGGUUACCUGCUCAGAUCCAAGAUGGCAGAGCACGUAGAGGGAGGCGUCGCCUCUGGGAGAGGAGCCAGAAGCAGCCCCUUCCUCAUCUGAAGCUCUUCCUCGGCCGUGUCUCAAUUCACCAAACUGGCCUAUUCGAAGUGUGCAUCGAAGGGCAGUUACGUAAUUUCCGGCGCGACAAGGGCUGUCCCAUUUCAACGCACCCUACUGAAUGCGCCCGACAAACCUGCCCUUCCCUUU